UCAGACUCUGUAUCGGAUAAACGACUUGGGGAGUUUUCAGCCCCGGGCGUACACAGAUCAAAAGCCUUUUCCCGGGCCGUAGAAAGACUGAGAUUAAGGGAUAGAGAGAGCUGAAGCUCCUCUCCCAUCAGAUAAUACCGCUGCCCCGGGCCGGGAUGCAGAAGAGAAACCGAGUCUCCAAAUCACAGGACGUGUGAAUAAACGCCAGCCAUUUAAAGUACGUAAACAUUCGGGAUCCGACACUUCAUGCCGCUCAGGCCUGUUAAGGAAUCAGAAAGGAGGAGGGCGGCAUUUUAGACUCAUCAAUCUCAUCCUUGUGAGGAAGAAGGGCCUCAUGGGACACUAUGCAGGGUUAAAAUGGUUUUGCACGCUCAUGUGUUCUCACAACCUGGAGUUAUCAACCCCGAACGCAUACGGAUCGUGUGCAGUUGCGAUGGUAGACACGCACUCUGGUGUGGGCGUACAUUUUUUGCAUAUGGAUUGCAUCUGAAAAGCAACUUAUCAUGUGGAUAUCUGCACUUACAAGAUUCAUGUGACCUGGCAAACCGUGUUUUUCUGCUCACUUUUCGGCCAGUUUGUCUCUCUUCAAAGUGUGAGCAUAGAUCACCUCAGAGAGGAGAAUGAGCUCUCAUUUAUGGCACAAGACAUCAAGAGCUCUGUUUCAUGAUUUGUACUCGUAAUUACGGUCUUUUCUUAGACGGACUGUUCCAGAGGGAAAUCCAGACUCCAUUGAGAUUAUAGAAAGAAAGUCAUUUUUUUUGUCUUGUAGUUUCUUAUUUUUCCCUCAUACUUUUUGUUUCACUGUAUACCUCCCAUCAAAACUAUUUUUUUCCUUUCUGUAGUCUGACGUCAUUCUCACAUGCACUCAUCUGCUAUGAUGCUUUGAGAGAUAUGAGAUUGGUCUCUGAGCGAGUACUGUAUGAAUGCCUGAACUCAAAUAGCUGCUUCCUUUUGCUGCUGCUCUUUUUGGUGUAACACGGGGCUUACCAGAGAUUUGCACUAAAAGAGCAUUGCUGUCACUUGAUUUUCCUUUUAUUGACCAAAUCUUGUUACAUUCAAGCCAUAUGAACUUAUUUUUGAUGAAACUAGAGCUAUUUUUGUAUUACAGUAAAGUCAUAGAACUAUUGCAUAUUAUGUGUAUAUGAAUUUAGUCUAUUUUUUAUGUAUCAACACAGACGUAUACAAAAAGACUAUUUUACGUUAACGUUUGUUUUUGGAAAGAAAUGCACCUUGAUUUAUGUUGAGAACAUAAUCUAUUUCACUAAAUUUAUUGUUAUGGCCAUGGCUACACACCAUCCUCACUCAGGUGGGAGACGAGUUUCCUUCGCUCUCUGACGCCUCCCCCUGUUCCCUCGGUUUUUUUACAUCUCCAAAUGCCUGUGGGUCUUAGUGUGGGUGGGGCUCUCGGAGACCCCUCCCCAUUCCGCCCCAGUCGUUAUGUGCCUGUGUCCGCAGCAACCGCCUUCCUUGUGGGGGCCACGACACUGUUUCUCUGUUUUACGUGUCCCUGGCUCUCAGAGCAGUUCUCCUCCUCCAUUUUACUCUAUAAUGUUGUGAUCUUCCUCUUCACACUGGCCAAUUUCUGUAUGGCCACAUUCAUGGACCCUGGCAUUUUUUCUAGAGCUGAAGAAGAUGAGGAUAAAGAGGAUGAUUUCCGGGCUCCGCUUUAUAAGACGGUGGAGGUGAGGGGCAUUCAGGUGCGGAUGAAGUGGUGCUCCACAUGUCGCUUUUACAGACCGCCGCGCUGUUCACAUUGCUCUGUGUGUGACAACUGUGUGGAGGAGUUUGACCAUCACUGCCCAUGGGUGAACAACUGCAUUGGGAGACGUAAUUAUCGUUAUUUCUUUCUGUUCCUGCUCUCGCUCACUAUUCACAUUAUGAAUGUGUUUGGCUUCAGUCUGCUAUACAUCAUCCAUCACACUAAACAACUGGACCAGGUCCGCUCUGCAGUCACUAUGGCGGUGAUGUGUGUAGCUGGCCUGUUUUUCGUCCCAGUUGCGGGACUCACUGGGUUCCAUGUUGUCCUUGUAGCCAGAGGGAGAACGACCAACGAACAGGUGACUGGGAAGUUCAGAGGCGGCGUUAACCCCUUCACACAGGGGUGCUUGAAAAACAUUGCACACAUGCUGUGUAGUUCACAGGCUCCCAGGUAUCUUGGUCACUUGCGAAAGCCUCAUUCUGUUCAGGUCCAGCCACCAUUUCUGCGGCCACCUCUGUCUGAAGCCCAACUAGCAGCUAAAGUCCUGGAUAAUGGCAUCCAACAGUCUAAAAGUAGUUUGGAGAUAAUGGAGAGUCAGUCCACUGAUGCUGAUCCCCCUCCACCACCUAAACCAGAGCACAGAUACCCUGGGCUGCCUCACACACAAAAUGAAGAGUGCAGCUUGCUGACUGAGGCUCCACCCACACCUUCAUUGUAUAAAUACAGGCCGGCCUACAGCAGUCCAGGAAAAAAACACACGGCCUCAACACAUUCCAGCAAAAUGAGUCGAGGGAACAGUAUGACCGAGUCUCCCUCUGUCCCCGUCACCACUGGGCAGCCCAGCUACCGCUCAGACCCCAGUUUGUCAAGCCGAGGGGGUGCAGGGUGCCGUGGGGGAGGGGAGGGAGGUAGAGCAGGCUCGGGGGGCCUGGGUGGGGCCUCUGCGUUUGGUGGGCGAUCUUACCCUUCUUUUACUGACACCCUACUCCAAUCGGCAGCAGCCUCUUGCUCCUCAAGCCUUCGCUCCGCCCAUACGGCCCACAAUGCCCUCGGGCCCCUCAUCUCUGAGGGUACGACCUCCACUAGCUACAAGAGUUUAGCCAAUCAGACACGCAACGGCAGCUUGUCGUACGAAAGUCUGCUGACGCCCUCCGAAAGCCCGGAGUUUGAGUCUGCUGCUCAUGAGCUGUCCCCACCCAGACCGCACCCUCCGCACUCUCUUAGCACAGCACCAGGGGCCCCGCCUAUUUUGGGGUACACUUCCCCUUUCCUAUCUGCUCAGCAGAGGGAGGGCUCUCUCCAGGCCUGCCCUGCCCCCCUAAGACCCUCCCCCAACAGAGCUUUCCUGCGCCCAACAAGCUCACCUCCUUCUCGGGCUCCACCUCUUUCUCCUCGCGCUCGCUCAUUGGGCUCCCCUCCUCCUGGCCCUGCCCCUGGCCAUACAUCUCUGGGCAAAUCACUGUCCUAUGGAGGUGGCGCUGAGUUACAGCACCGCCCCUCUAGCUCAGGGGGCGGGACUCCGAUGCCGAACUCGACUGUUAAACAAAACGUGGCCAAUCAUAACACCCACUCCCACAAACCUGCAGGAGGGGUGAAGAAAGUGACUGGUGUUGGAGGAACGACCUAUGAGAUUUCAGUAUGAAUGGCUGACACAAAAGAAUCUAUCAAUAGUUUUUCGCCUCGAUCAGAUGGCUGUAAAGCUGCUCAACGACACAUGCAAAAAAGCAUACAAGACUACAAAGAAAAAUCCUAAGUGUUUCCCAGUCCAACUUUAUCAGUCACUGUGGAGGACAUACACUGAGAACAUGGGCCAGUGAAGACAAAUCUUACAGCAUUUUGUUUUCAGAAUAUCAAUAUGGUACAGAAAUACCACAGACUUUCUUUUUUAUUUAAAGAAUCAUUUGGUACAUCAAUGUAUUACCUACCGAUUUGUAUGCAAGACUGUCCAAUGAUCAUAGUUGGGACCAUGUGAGACACACUGAUGCCUCAUUCAGAAUGGCGUCAACAGAAACCACAAGCCUCUCAGCAGUCAGCCAAUAAGCAUACAUAAAUCACUGUUCAGUCUGGCAUAUUCUAUAGUGCACCGUUUCAAACC